CGUUCGUUUCGCACGGCGCGAUUACAUACAAAGCGAAGCGUUCGUUUCGCACGGCGCGAUUACAUACAAAGCGAAGCGUUCGUUUCGCACGCCGCGAUUACAUACAAAGCGAAGCGUUCGUUUCGCAUGGCGCGAUUAAAUACAAAGCGAAGCGUUCGUUUCGCACGGCGCGAUUACAUACAAAGUGAAGCGUUCGUUUCGCACGGCGCGAUUACAUACAAAGCGAAGCGUUCGUUUCGCGUGGCGCGAUUACAUACAAAGCGAAGCGCGUGUUUCACACGGCGCAAUUACAUACAAAGCGUUCGUUUCGCACGGCGCGAUUACAUACAAAGCGAAGCGAGCGUUUUGCGUGGCGCGAUUACAUACAAAGUCAAUGAAAAAACGCGAAUUGAAGCGAAUGGCGAAAUCGUUUCAUUCGCGUAAUCGCGUGAGUUGAAAUUCGCAGUGGGCGGCGCGAAUGACGUGACUCGAACACGCAAAAAAGCUUAAUUCUUGUCGAAAUUCGCAUGACGUAUUGUCGCGAAAGCCUAUCAGCAUUGAGAUUGUCCGGAUGUCACUGACGUACUGACGUAGUAGCAGAAGAAAUCUGGAAAAAUGGAUGAAAGAAAUUGUUGUAGCGGUGUGUGGGCACCCGGAAUAGUAUGACACAAGGGCUGGACUGGUAAUCUGGCAUACUGGGUAUUUUCCCGGUGGGGCGACACACUUUAGGGCCGAUCAGGAGUGGAAUGGCCAUUGGGAGAACCGAGCGGGCCGGUGGGUCGGCUGCGGAACAGACUGAAUUGGCCACGAUAAGCUAAAAUGAGCCGUCGCGUUAUACAGAACGGACCACAAAAUGGUGCUGCGAUAUGAGGAAAAGGACAGCGAACACCCCCCACCAACCCCCUCAACAACUUUUGGCUCUGUUGUGUACUCAAUCAUUUCAGUUAUUAACACUUAAAAUCUUAAAUCUAGAUUAUAAAGAUAAAUAAGUUCAAGAAACAGAUAUUAGAGCACGUUUACAUGCAUGUACACUGAUUAUGCCAAGUCCCAGCAAACGCACAACAUUCCCCUAAUGUUAGCGUACCGUUCCCGUUUGGUUAUUUAUUUGGGAACCAAUUCCUAAUGUUCUAAUAACGUUCUCUUCUAUAUUUUAUAACCAUACACUAACGUUCCCAGAACGUUGCAGGGUGUUUUAUGUGGGAUAACCUUAGCUGAACACGUUAAAAUGAACAUGCAAAGCAUGCGCUGAUUCAAGUGACAUGUAAACGUGGAGUUCUUGCUUUUCAGGUUUUUUUAAUAAGCUGAUUUUAGAGAUGUGUGCAUGUAAACGGGCUCAAUAUUUAAUUAUGGCACCAUUAGCAUUUACAGUUGCUAACGGUUCAAGUCAUGUCCUGUGAUCACAAAUAUGAGUGACCCUGAUUUGUGAAAUGAUAUCAGAAAAUCAACAGAGGCUCAUCCAGAAAGAAUGCCAUUGGUAGACCAGCACACGCUACUCUUUUUCUCUCUCUGUGUCAAUUUCUCUCUUUUUCUGGCCCCCGUUUCAAGGUCACUGACCUACAGCCAAUAUUAACUCAGUGACUCUGCGCCCCCCCCCAGUAUUUCUGGUGGUGCACAGACAGAAAACCGCUUUCACAAUUCACAUUAGAUGCAGAUAACCGUUUGAAAAGAGACAUAAAGGCAAAACAUCCUUCAUUUUCAGGUUACGUUUUUGACUUGGAGCCAAACAGGGUCAGUUUGUGUCUGUUGUCAUGGCAGCGAUGGUCGUUCAGGUGAUGGGGUUGUUCCUGGGCAUUGUGGGCUGGUGUUUGGAGUCCACCAGCACAAACUCUGCUAUGUGGAGGACUCAGAGUAAAGUAGACUCGGUUUUGACCACCAGCACGACUUAUGAAGGACUUUGGCUGACAUGUGCCACUAAUGCGCUUGGGGCCAUUCAGUGCCAGAGAUUCAAGACUGUACUGGGCCUUCCAGUAUACAUCCAGACCUGUCGAGCGCUGAUGAUUAUGGCUCUCAUUCUGGGUUUUCUGUCCGUUAUUCUCGCCAUACUGGGACUCAAGUGCACCAAACUGGGCAGCACGUCCGAACAGACCAAAGGAAAAAUGGCUCUUGCGGCCGGAGUGCUGUUCAUCCUCUCAGGUGUGUGUGUUCUUAUAGCCGUGUCUUGGUACGCCUCUCGAGUCAUUCAGGAAUUUAAUAAUCCUCUGAACGGAGGCACAAAGUUUGAACUGGGCACUGGUCUGUAUCUGGGCUGGUCGGCAGCAGCUCUGGUCCUGUUGGGAGGUGGAUUACUCUGUACCUCCUGUAAGACGAGUCCAUCACCUGCACAAACAUGGGGUUACAACUACAACUACAGCACUACACAACCUCAGAAGAUCUACAGAACAGAUGCCCCGUCAGAGAACAACAGUUCCAAAGUUUAUGUCUGAAUGCGUCUUUAUUGUUCAGUUUUUGUGCUGGGACAUCUACUAUGGAGGCCCUUAGAAGAAAGAGAGGGGUUGUUGUUUUUUUAAACGUUUUUGCGUUGCUGCACACUUAUUUUGGGUUCCCUUACAAUAAACCAAAUAGUUAACCAUGACAUUUGUAGCCAAACCAGAGUGACUACACAAUUUACCAUGGUGUUACUAUAGUAACCAUAGUGCACUGCGAUAGUUGUUUCAUGUCGACUCAUUAAGACUUUUAUGACAUGCAACUCGUCAAGCUUGCACGGAACCUCUUAGAACAUUCAAUAAAUGAUACAUUUGUUACAUUUUUGGAAUCUUGAGAUGUUCUGACACUUUGUUCUGUCCAUUUACUGAAAUGGUUACUAGUAUGUGUAUUGUGACAUCGCUGUUUCUGUGAUAAAACUAUUCUGUUUAAGUUGUGCAGAUAGUUUAAUGAGGGCUUUAUGAGGCGGUGGCGGAGGUAGGGGGUGCAAUUGCUGUUUUAGUUAUUUUUUGGGACAUUUUUUGGCACAAUUUUGUUUUUUAGAGGUGAAAUUAUCUCUGUACAAACUUAACAUGUGCACACACCAAGGUCGCCGCACCUCUCCGUCCUGGGUGUCAUU